AUAGAUUUGAUUGGUACAAAGUUUUUAAAUCCACCAAUCAGAAAGCUUGUUAGACGAGCACGGACAAGAGAGGAAAAUUCAAAACAACGUUUUCAGAUUCAAACUUGCUCUUCUAUUUUGUUCGAUUUCUAUAGAUUUUAGUAAAUUAAGAAACUCAAAACAUUUAACAACUUUUGAAUAAAACAUAGAAACAUAAUUUAAGUUACUUUCCAUCAGAAAGAGAUCACGGAUUUUAGUGAAAUUUGUCGUUAAACUUGGACUUCCUGCAGCGGAUUCUUAAAAAUAAAAAAAGUUAAAAAAUUUUAGGCUAGGGAAUCUAAAGUAUUCUUAAGUUUUUUUUGAUAAAAACGUCUUCAAAGCAUGCAAAUCGUGCAUCUAGAAUUAUAGCUGGAAGAAGACCGCUGAAAUUUCGCAAUGAGUAAGAUAAACACACGAAGGCGAGGUCCUCUGGGAGGGCUCGAGACGUUUGGAAAGAAUAAAGUUUCCAGCAAACCAUCAACACAGAUACAUAUAGAUGAGGAUGCAAUGGUGCACAAACCCCUCCCUGUCCAAAAGCGGGUUGCUGAUAGGUCAUCCCCUAGCUCCAAAAUUCCAAAGAAAAGAGCUGCCUUUGGGGAUAUCACAAAUAAUUCGCUAAAACAGGCAGGAUUAAAACCUGGUCAGAAACCAGUUCUCAAGAAAACAAUUAAGAAAUCCACAAAGACUGUUACAUCGUCACAAGAAUCUGUGACAUCAUCACAAGAAAAUGUGACAUCACAAAAAUCUGUUACAUCAUCUCAGGAAAUAAUCAUAUCAUCUCAAGAAGAAUUACCCGAUAUUGAGCUUUCAGCUGAUGUCAUUGACCUUCCAUUGUCUCAAGAGUCAAAAGGCCAAAGUUCACAACCACACUGCAAGAGUCCAAAAUCAUCUAGUGUUGAUCCAGUUGUUGUAGAUGUCAAACAAACUCAUAAUGUUGCCAAGCCAAAUACAAACGCACAAAUUGAACAGUUAACAGAUCAGUUAGAUUUCAUUGACGUAGACAAGGAGCACAUGCUUGACACAAACCAGGUGGCGCUGUAUGCACAUGACAUCUUCCAGUACUAUAAACAGAGAGAGCUGAAAUUUGGAAUUGAGCCUUACUUAGCCAAACAGAGUGAUUUAACCCAACACAUGAGGUCAAUCUUGGUAGAUUGGCUAGUGGAGGUACAAGAAAACUUCGAAUUGAAUCACGAGACGUUAUACCUAGCUGUGAAGCUUGUUGAUCAUUACCUAGAGAAGAAAUACGUCAAGCGGGAAAAUCUACAACUUGUUGGGUCCAGUGCUUUGUUCAUAUCAUGUAAAUUUGAUGAAAGAUGCCCACCAUGCCUAGAUGAUUUCUUGUACAUAUGCGAUGAUGCCUACAAUCGGGAAGAACUCCUGGAGAUGGAACGUGAUAUUCUCAGAGUCAUCAAUUUUGACCUCGGUAUACCACUCUCAUACAGAUUCCUCAGGAGAUACGCCAAGUGUGGUCAAGUUCCCAUAGAAACAUUAACUCUUGCUCGCUACAUCCUGGAGUUGUCACUUAUGGAAUACCAGUUUGUCUGUCAGCGUGAUUCCAAGGUGGCAGCUUCUGCACUUUUACUUGCGAUGAAGAUGAUGAAGACGCAUGAUUGGACGCCAACUUUGACUCAUUAUACAGGUUAUGUCGCAGCGGAUAUUGUUCCAAUUGCGAGGGAGUUGAAUAUGAUGCUGGCUAAUGCACCAAUGAAAGCAUUGAAAACUAUACGAUCAAAAUACUCUCACACGAUAUUCUCAGAAGUAGCAAAAACACCUCUAAUAAACAAUGCAACUUUAUCUGCACCCAGCCCAGUGGUGCAAAAUUCUCAGAACCCUAACUCUCGGUAG